AUGCACUGGACUACAAGAGAGGCUUCAACAGACGAGUUGAGGUUCGGGUCGAGAACUAUCCAGCCACUGAUAGACUUACACGCCAAGAGACCGAUUGAAGCACACGGAGACAAGAUGGUUCUCACUACCGUUUACUGGAGCCUUGCUUCGUCAGAUCACUCUUCCUCGUCGACCACUUCCGUCCGUUGGCCCGUCACUGUAAUCGCACGAAGCCCGUGUUCGUCUUUCUCUCAAAGCGCUUCCGAGCUCCUCCGGGCUAGAUCCCUCUCCAAGUGGCUUUCGUUUGCCAGAGAUGUCGGCUUCUACAAGGAUAGGCACAAUCUAUUCCAGAGCUUGAAAGACAAUAAAGCUCGCAUGCAACAAGUCAAAGACCAUAAUCACUGUCUAAAUACCCACGAAUGCUAUAGCGUCAGUUGCAAACCUUGCAUGUUACGGUAUCUGGAUGAGUACGCAUCUCAGGCGAGCAUAGACUAUCUAACAGAUCCAACAACAAAAGUCAAAGAUGUGUCUCAAAGACCAGACAGCACUGAUCUGGGCACAUCCAACAGCCUGUCACACAAUGCCAUUACUGAGGGUUUCAGGACUCUUAGGCAAGUCCUUUGCGACAAGUAUAGGCAAGGCACUAGCCAGCUUCUUGAUCGGGAGGCUACGAGACAUAUUGGCUGA